CCUGUGCCAAUUUUUGUCACGUUGUUGGUACCGGUACUGGUGACCGUGUGCUUUCCUUGUACCUGUGUGCUUCAUUGACAGACUAAGUGGCAGUUUUGGGGAGUGUGUUCCCGGAGUGUGUUAUUUAUACUAAGUACCCGAGUAUGGACCAGCAGGCAGGAGAGGGAGAGUUGAUGGGGUUCCUUAGGAACGUUUUCCCCUCUAUGGAUAAAGACAGUCUGCAACAGAUAACGACCACUCUUGUCGAUACACUCGGAUGCGACGAUGUUGAUGACUUGCGGCAUGCUACGGAGGCGGACCUGGAGUUCCUAAAGCCCCUGCGCAGAAGGAAAUUGUUGGCGGCUAUAUCUGAAAGGUUUGCUGCUUCCUCUAGUGCAGAAGCGUCCGUAUUUUUGGAAGUUUCCAAUGUGUCAUCCCCAACUUCGAUCCCAGAGACCGACCUAGAGGAUUCUAGUCGCUGCUCAACUCCACAGUUAGAACAAGAUUUCAUUGUGCCGUGGAAAAAGUUUCCAAGGAACGUGAUGAAAAAGUGUUCGAAAAACCAGCAUCUUACGGCCUCGGAGACACGGGAAGUGAAAAGAAUUGUCGGUGAUGAAAUGAGGGCCCUCGGAAUUACACACCGUGCUGCAAUUCGAAAAGCUGCAGUUUCAAUGUGCAACAAAUAUCCUCGUUCCUUUGAGGACCUCAGCAUCGAUGGUUCCAAGCUAGGUGAUGGAUUCCAGUCACUUUUCAGUGGUUUGGAGAACAGGGUGUAUAAUGAAAAUUACAAGGAAAAUUUGAAACGAAAAUCCCAGGCUACAGCAUCCUGCUCUGACAGUUCCGAAUCUUUAGCGGACUUACCGGUAGAUCAGUAUGGAUGCAGGAAGGGGAUGUGGAUGCCUGAGUCCCCUUCUGAGGAGGAAGUCACUGCACAGGUUGAGAAGAAAGAUAAACUGAAGGAAAUGCGGGACAAUGACUAUGAUUAUGAGGAAGUGAUCAAGCUUAUGUCAGAGACGUACUAUCUACAACGCAAAGACAUAUGCAGUGGAAUGGACAUUUCUGAACUUUGCAAAGAAUGGCCGUUCAUCUUGUCGUACAAGUGCCUUGUAAACCAUUUCCAGAACCUCACGGAUAUAAAUCCCCAAGCAACGAUGGAGGAGUCCCUACUUGCACGAAACAAAGGAAACCGCAUAUACGAGUUCAUCUUAUCACAUCCUCAGAAAAAGAAAUCUGGUCAGCUGAAUAAGUGGGUACAUCUCAUCAAGGAGGAAGUGAAAGUGACCAAAUCUACCGACCCUCAGAGCCAAGCUAUCGUGUUCCUUCUUUUGAACUACUUUGACGAAGAAGAGGAAAGGCUCUUUCGUUUCUAUGGGGUUGAUGGCAGUAAGAAGAAAGUGGAGGAAGAUAAACUGAAGCCCAACUCGCCGUUCAUUGCAAUCAUCGGUUCAAGGGAGGACAUCUUCAUCGGAAGAAACCUGUUCUACCUCGUGAUUGAGGGAUCGGUCGUAAAUGAUCAAAUUGUCACUUUCCUGGAGGCAGUUAUAAGCCUCUUCUCUUGUUACUACACCUUGAACCUUGAGUACCCCGAAGAAGCAGCAGUUACGCUGGAGUUCAUCCAAAGGGAACUGAUCGGCAUCAAACCACAUCAAGUUCUAAACAAAGGAGGGAAAAAGAAGAAGAAAACAAGUGUUGCGCCAAAGAUUGUGACCCUUUUGCGAGGAAUAAUGGAUUUCGAAUCGGAUUGGCGUACAGAUGAAUAAAAGGCAAUCUUCCAGGCUAUGUACUUGUGUUAAAUGGAUGUUAUAGGAAUACUACGUGUAUGGUCAAAUAUUAUCUAGGGUUUAUCAGAUAGACCAUGCUGUUCAGAACACAUUGGUACUUGGAAGUUUGCUAAUCGGACCAGCAAAU